UAGCCACUCUCGGAGACUCGGCGCCACAGGACAUCCACAGAAAUCGACCAAUUUCCACUGAAAUUACCGACUGAUUGAUCGAAUCGAAGACCAACCGAUGGGAAUUAACGAUUGGAGCUUAAUUCAUUCUCCCUGAGAAGAACCCUCCUUCCUUUGUCAGUUUUGAGCAGCAUCAAGACUUUGGGAAUGCAUGUGUCUUUAAUGGUACUACAUACAACAUUACCAAUAGCAGUUCUUCAAGUGUAGGAGACAACGGUGAAUUGUUGUAGUACUGCUUUAAAAAUUACAACAAAUAAAAUCUGUUCUGAAUAUUAGAUUCAUACAUCAGCAAUGAAAACUGGCUGUUGUCUGUUAGUCCUAUAGUCUGGUUGUAGUUAAUUUAUAACAGAUUUAUUGGAUAAUCCUUUGUAAACAAUUUUGUGUUAAGAGUUGUCAAUUGAACAUGUUGUCAUUACAGACCAGAACAGGACCAAAGGCUAAAAUGAAUCCAGAACAUGCUUUAGAAUUACCUUUGAAAAGUGAAACUGAAGGUGCAUUAUCACUACCUUCCAUAAAUCAAGCAAACAGCAACAUGGCUGCCUUUAGUGAAACCAGUAAUGGUGACACGUUGUCUCUGGACUCACUGAUGGAUGUCAAGGCAGAGCCAGAAGUAUUCUUUGAAUCUAAUGAAGGUCAUGAAUAUUCAUGUAAAAUGAAUUCAGCACUGAUUGAAAAAGGUUCACCAAAUGUAGCAUGUAGGGAAAAAAAUAUUUUGAAUGUUGAAGGACACAUGCCAAGAAUGAAUCCGGAACAUUCUUUAGAAUUUCCGCUGAAAAGUGAAACUAAAGAUGCAUUAUCUCUCCCUUCCAUAAGUCAAGAAUACAGCAACAUGGCUGCCUUUAGUGAAACCAGUAAUGGUGACUUUUUGUCUCUGGAUUCAUUGAUGGAGAUCAAAAUAGAGCCAGAGGUGUUCUGUGAGUCUAGUGAAGAUGAUGUAUAUUCAUAUGAAAUGAAUUCAGCAAUGAAUGAAAAGGAUCCACCAACUUGCAAAAAGGAAGUAAAACAAGAAGGAAGAAGUAGUCACAGUGGGGAGAAACCUUUCAGAUCCACUGACAGUGAGAAAGCAUUGUACAAGAAAAUUGAUAUUACAAGUCGUAUCACAAAUCCUACCAGAGUGGAAACAUUAAUGUGCAAGGAAUGUGGGAAAGCAUUUUACAAAAAAGCAUGUCUUACAGGUCAUAUGAGAAUUCAUAAUGGAGAGAAGCCAUUCAUUUGCAGUGAAUGUGGGAAAGCAUUUAACAAGAAAUCAAAUCUUACUAUUCAUAUGAGAAUCCAUACUGGAGAAAACAAAGCCCCAUUCAUAUGCAAGGAAUGCGGUAAAGCAUUUUCUAAUAAACCACAUCUUACUGUUCAUAUGAGGAUGCAUACUGGAGAGAAGCCAUUCAUGUGCAACGAUUGUGGGAAAACCUUUUCCAAGAAACAAAAUCUUGCAUGUCAUUUGAGAACUCAUACUGGAGAGAAUCCAUUCAUGUGCAAGGAAUGUGGCAAAGCAUUUUCCAGGAAAGAUCGUCUUGCACAUCAUAUGAGAAUGCAUACUGGAGAGAAACCACUUAUGUGCAAGGAAUGUGGGAAAGCAUUUUCCUGGAAACAAGAUCUUACUGUUCAUAUGAGAAUUCACACUGGAGAUAUACCAUUCACGUGUAAGGAAUGUGGGAAAGGAUUUUCCAAGAAAGCAGAUCUUACUGUUCAUAUGAGAAUCCACACUGGAGAGAAGCCAUUUAUGUGCAAGGAGUGUGGGAAAGCAUUUUCCAAGAAACCAUGUCUUACGGAUCAUAUGAGAAUUCAUAAUGGAGAAAAGCCAUUCAUUUGCAAUGAAUGUGGGAAAGCAUUUACUAAGAAAUCAACUCUUACUGUUCAUAUGAGAGUCCAUACUGGAGAAAAGCCAUUCACAUGCAAGGAAUGUGGGAAAGCAUUUUCUGAGAAACCAAGUCUUACUGUUCAUAUGAGAAUGCAUACUGGAGAGAAGCCGUUCACAUGCAAGGAAUGUGGGAAAGCUUUUUCCAGGAAACCAGAUCUUACACGUCAUAUGAGAAUUCACACCGGAGAGAAGCCAUUCACGUGCAAAGAAUGUGGCAAAGGAUUUUCCAGGAAACCAGAUCUUACAUGCCAUUUGAGAAUUCACACUGGAGAGAAGCCAUUCAUAUGCAAGGAAUGCGGGAAAGCAUUUUCCAGGAGGCAUCAUCUUGCAGACCAUAUGAGAAUUCAUGCUGGAGAGAAGCUAGUCAUGUAAAAAGAAAAAUGUGGGAAAGCAGUUCCAAGAAAUAAAUGCUUACUGUUAAUAUUAAAAUCAUACUGGAGAGAGGCCAUUCAUUUGCAAGGAAUGUGUGAAAUAAUUUUCCAGGAAACCAAGUCUUACAGACGAUAAUAUGAGAAUGCAUGUCAGCAAAUGACCAGUGUAGGUUUUGUCAUGCAGUGGUUGAGAGAGUGAACAAUCUGAUAUCAGCUUGCCAGACCCUGCUUGCAGAUGGUCACUACACAGCCCGCCACAGCAAGAUCUGUAAAUAUAUACAUAGGAAAAUAUGUAAAGAAUACAGAAUUGAAAUGAAAGAAAAAGUGUGGGAGCAUGAACCAGAUCGUCACCUCCAUUAGGGUUGUUACCAUCUUUUAUGACAAGGAAAUUCCAACAGGAAGAUAUAUAGAAGGAGGUGCUAAAAGACCUGAUAUUGUGAUCUGGAACAAUGAGGAUAAAACAGUAAAGAUUAUAGGUGUGACAAUACCCAGUGACUUUGGCCUGAAUAGAGUUGAAAGGCAUAAAAAUACCAAGAACUAAAGAAUGACUUGAAAAGCACAUGGAAACUGAAGGAAAUAGAAAUACCUGUGGUGGUAGGGGCAACAGGACUUAUAUAGGAAAACCUGAGAAAGUAUCUUCAGAUUGCUGCACUCAAAGGAACAGUAAACGCCUUGAAAAGAGCCCUCGGAUAUAAGGCUAGUGGAAUAGAAUGUAGAGGUGCAAUCAUAGACCCCAGGCUGGGGACCAUUGCACCCCUGAUCUAAAUUGAAAAUUAAGAAUGACCUAAGCCAGAGAAGAAUAUUCAUGUGUAAGGAAUGUGGGAAAGCAUUUUCUAGAAAACCAGAUCUUACAUGUCAUAUGAGAAUUCAUACUUGAAAGAAACCAUUCAUGUGCAAGAGUGUGGGGGAGCAUAUUUUUGAAAAUAUCUUAUAAUUCAUAUGAGAAUUCAUAUUGGAAAGUAGCCAUUGACUGUAAACCCUCAAUUAUAUGCUGUAAUAUAUCCAAGGCUCUUGUGGAGAUUGUAAAUUAGUGGAUAAUAAUAUUUCCUGAAUGUAAAAAGUCAAUUUUUUGCAAUUAUUUUUACCUAUUGUUAAAGUUAGCUUAUAUCUCCACGC